AUGGCUUCUUCUUCUGCGGAAGCCUUGAAGUAUGAUGUCUUUCUUAGUUUCCGGGGUGAGGACACCCGCAGUACUUUUACCAGUCAUCUUGAUGCCGCUUUAAAGCGGAAGCACGUCAAGACCUAUAUCGAUUACGAACUUGUAAGAGGAGAGGAAAUCGCACCUGCCCUUAUCAAAGCAAUUGAGGGAUCAGAACUUUCAGUGGUCAUUUUGUCACAGGACUAUGCUUCUUCAAAAUGGUGCUUGGACGAACUCAAGCAUAUUUUGGAGUGCAAGGAAAGACGUGGGCAGAUUGUUGUACCCAUUUUCUACAGAGUAGAUCCAUCAGAUGUGCGGCACCAGAGGAAGAGUUAUGAAGCUGCUUUUCUUCAUCAUGAAGAACGUUUCAAGGACACACCGGACAGGGUGCUCAAGUGGAGGGAAGCUUUAACAAAUGCAUCCAACCUAGCUGGGUUCGAUUCACGCAAUUUCGGGCGUGAGUCUGAACUGGUUGAGGAAAUCGUCAGACAUAUAUUGAUGAAGUUAAGUGGGGAAUGUUCAAGCGAUUUGAAGGGCCUGGUUGGAAUGGAAAGUCGCAUCCAGAAACUUGAGUCAUUGUUAUGCAUUAUCCCACAAGAUGUUCGGGUUCGCACUGUCGGUAUUUGGGGCAUGGGUGGUGUUGGCAAGACCACCCUUGCUGGUCUUGUAUUCAACCGACUCAAGUCUCGAUUCGAAGCUUCUCAUUUCCUUGCUGAUGUAAGAGAAGAAUCUGGCAGACGUGGGAUAAAGGCGUUGCAAAAUGAACUUACCUGCAACUUACUGAAGUAUGACUGUCUAAGGAUCGGCACUCCAUCAAUAGGAUCAACUUUUAACAAAAAGAGGCUCUCCCGGGCAAAGGUCCUCGUUGUGCUUGAUGAUGUGAAUGAUGUCAGCCAACUAGAAAUUUUAGUUGGUAAACAGGUUCAAUUUGGACCUGGAAGUAGAAUCAUCAUAACAACUAGGGAUAUGCAUCAACUUAGAGAGAUGCAACAACUGCAUAAAGGAGCUAACCAUGAUGUUAUGAUAUACAAGGCAGAGGAACUAGAUUUUCAUGAGGCGCUUCAGCUCUUCCACUUGAAUGAUUCCAAAGAAAUCAGCUACAGAGCAGAUUAUUCAGAAUUAGUUAGAAAGGUGGUACAUUCUGCUGCGGGAAUUCCCUUGGCCCUCAAAGUUUGGGGUUCCUUAUUUCGUCAAUGCCGGACCUCAGAAGAACGUGAAUGUCUACUGAAGAGAUUGAAAAGGUUUCCUGAAAAGAAAGUACAAAAUGUGUACAGGAUAAGUUAUGAUGCAUUAGGAGAAAAUGAGAGGGAGAUAUUUCUUUAUAUCGCCUGUUAUCACAAAGGAGAGGAUAUAUGCAGAGCAACAGAACAAUUAAAUGAAUGUGGAUUAUGUGCAGAUAGUGGAAUCAACGUUCUCAUUGAUAUGUCUCUCGUUUCAAUUCGAUACGACACACUGUGGAUGCAUGAUGUGAUACAAGAAAUGGGACGGGCAAUUGAGUGUGAACAACAUCCUGCGAAGCCUGGAAAACGCAAAAGGCUGUGUACCCCGGAAGACAUAUGUCAUGUGUUGAAAAAUAAUAAGGGUACUGGAAAGGUUCAAAGCAUAUCCCUGAACCUUUCAAUGAGUGCAGAAGUACAGAUCACUCCUCAAACCUUCAGAAAAAUGUAUAAUCUUAAAUUUUUGAAAUUUUAUAGUGAAAAUCGCAUGGGCAAGAAGGAUUGGAAGAAUGUGCAUGUUGAUCUUCAAGAUCUUGAAUAUCUUCCUGAUUCCCUUAUACAUCUCAGCUGGCCAGCGUAUACUUUGAAAUAUUUGCCAUCAACAUUUUCUGCUGAGAAUCUCACUGAGCUUUCUAUGCCCGGUAGCGAACUUCAGAGACUUUGGGGUGAAAGCCAGAAGCCUAGGAACUUAAAACACAUCGAUCUCAGCGACUCCAAGAAGCUGGUUGAAGUUCCAGAUCUCUCUAUGUGUGUAAACAUUGAGAGCAUUGCCAUGAACAACUGUGAACGGCUGGUUGAAGUUCCUUCCUAUUUUAAAAAUCUUCACAAGCUAGCUCGGUUCAAUGUGGAUGGGUGCAGGAGUCUACGUGUUCUCUCAGAUAUGCCAAGCAGUAUGGUUAGUUUGCAUUUAUCUAUUACUGCAAUAGAACACUUGCCAUCAUCAAUUUGGUGUCUAGAAAAACUUGAACGGUUAUUUCUUGAUGAGUGCGAGGGCAUUAAGAAUAUAACAAAGAGCAUUGGCAACAUUGGCAAGCUGUAUUCUCUCACAUUAAUUUUCUUGUGUAAGACAAGUAUAGAAGGAUUGCCCUCGUCAAUCGAUUGUCUCUCAGAAUUAUCGGGUCUCCGGAUUAGGAAUUGCAAAAGGUUCAUCAGUCUUCCAACCAGCAUAUGUAAGUUGAAAUCUCUCCUAUGGGUGGAUCUUGGUGGAUGCUCUAGCUUCGAAAAGUUCCCUGAGAUCUUGGAGCCUAUGGAACGUCUGGAGACUCUUUUUUUAGGAGGAACCAAAUUCAAAGAUCUGCCUGGUAUGAUUGAAAACGUAGUUGGGCGGAAGGAAUUAGAGUUACCUGGGUGUAGAAGCUUCGAGUCUGUCUCAGACAGAAUCUUGCCUCUGUCGUCGGUCAUUUUAUGGCCAAUGAUGGGUGUACUCGACCUCAGUGGCUGCCCAAUAUUAGAAAAUAUCCCUGACUCCAUCUUCAGCCUACCUUUAUCUCAAUUACAUGUGAGCGGAACCAUGAUUAGGCGCAUACCUGCAACCAUCAAUCAAGCGUCUCGGCUUUGGAGAUUAAAUCUAAAAAAUUGCGAGCUCCUUGAGUCUUUACCCGAGCUUCCAUUUCUUCUAGAGAAUAUAGAUGCAAGUGGGUGCAAGAGCUAAAGACAUUGUCUGGGUUCGGCACAGAAGGUUUCGAUAGGAGAUUUCCUGUCUGGAUUUAUCAUACAUUUUAUAAUUGCCCACGUUUGGCGAGGAAAAUAGUGGAUCAUGCACAUCUUAGAAAUUUGGCAACAGCAUUUGAAAUUGAUCCGAAUUUCAAGUACGAGGUUAGAUAUACGGGAGAUAAAA